AUGUUAUAUUAUAUAGUUGGAUCAAUAAUUGUUGGUAUUAUUACCUUUUAUUUAUUUUCACCAAGACACAACUCUGUCUGUGGUCUAGAUCAUCCAGCCAAUGUUUAUAAUAGAUGGAGACGUCUAAAGAAUAGUUUUUCAUAUGAGCAAUUCCUCCAACAAAUAUCUCCGAUCGAAAAUCCAAAGACCUACAAGAAAGUUUUGGACGAUGCUCUCAAACUGAAGAAUCAACAAGAAAAGCAUGCCGAAGGUAUUAUUUUACUUGAAAAAGUAGUAACUACUGCCAAAGACUUGACAAAGAAAAAAGAUCCAUUGGGAAAGGAAAUACUGGAUUACAUCAACAGUAUUAAAGAUCUGAAAGUUCUUUUUAAUGAAUCCGUUCAAUAUCAUGAUUUAAUGGAUGCAUUCUUUAAUGAUGAUGGAUGGACGGUUGACAAAGACCUUCUUUACAAUGUUGAAUACUCCUAUCGUACAAAAGGUCGAACAUUGAAAUCAAGAAAGUUCAUCAAAAUUGUUGAUCUCCCAAUUUUAAAUGUUGCAACAAGAUGCGAGGAAAUUGAAUUAUUCAAUACAUGGAAAUGGUACCAAAACGGAAAGAUUAUUAAAACCGAAACUUCCAAAGGUACCAUUUUAUGUUCAAUUAUUUCAAUUCUAAGUAGAUUUGUUGUUCUCAAUAGAGCUGCUUAUUGUUGGAAGAUAAAUUAUAAAUUACCAGAUGGAUCAGUUAUUAUUGCAUACAAUGGUGCCAACAAUAGACAAUCUGAUUAUGAUUUACCACCAUUACCAAAAGGUUUUGCAUAUCCAGAUAUCUUCUAUCAUGCUUUCCGUUUAAUUCCAUUAACACCAACAAAGACUAUUUUAAUAUCAGUCAUGGAGAGUGAUCCAAAGAUCUGGUUCUACACCAAGGAAAUGUUUAUUAGAACCGCCAAGAAAUUUGGAUGUAGAGAAUUGAAACUAAUUGAUGAGCAUGCUGGUGUCAUCAGUGGUACACCUUAUGAAGCUAAAUUAAGUAAAUCUUUCUAUAAAGGAUUAUAA